AUGUUAGAUCCUGAUAAUAAUCAUAUAAAAUUAAUUGAUUUCGGUUUUGCAUUUGCAUCUGAUAUGGAUAACAAGGGGGGCAGCGUAGAAAUAAUAGGUGCAUUUCGAUAUGCUAGUGAAUCAUUUUUAGAUUUGUGUUUAAAAUUAUUAUCUGGCCGAGGUUUUCCAUAUUAUUUUUAUGAACGAACUUUUGAUUUAAUAUGUGCAUUAAAUAUUAUAAUGGCUAUGAGUAAUGCUAAUAUCGAACGAAGUAUUGAUUCAUUUAAUUUACAAGAUGUUAACGAAGUAGUAUUAAAAUCAUUGCAGUUGUGA